UUGCAAGAUUUAGUUAGAUAUUUCAGAUGGAAAUCUUUAAGUUAAAAGGUGGCCUUAUUGUUUUACAUUUGCAUUGCCAUCUAGCGUUAGUUAAGUUGUAUCAAUUCUACGAUGAGAACAAUAACACAUGUGUGUGACCAGACCUAGUUAACGCUACCUAUAAUUGACAACAUAAAGUGCCGUUGUCGUCGGUCACCUUCGGUAGACGGGACGCAGUCUGACUGGUUAGCCCGGCUAACGCUGUGAGCGGUGUCCUUGCCAUUCGUAACGUCUGCUAGCUAUCUAACUAGUUUCAUUUUCAAGCGUUAGAAUGAUGGCUAACUAAGCUUAUCGUUUUAUAUGGUGGGCAAUAAAAGAUGGCUAGAUAACGCUAGAUAGAUGGCCAUCUACCCGGCUAGAUAACUGCUUGAUUGUUGUGAAAUGUUUUAACAGCUAGAUGGUCAGCGUCGUUUCAGAUUUGCACACUUGAAAACAAAUUGUAGCUAACCUAGCUAACGCUGGCUAGCUAGAUCGCUCGCUAGCCAGAGGUUCGUGUUUAGCCUUAUUGGGGGCUGGUCCAGUUUCAGUAACACUACUUGGAUCGACAACGUUAGCUAAAUUUUGUUAUUAAAAUACUAACCUAGCUGCCAAGUCGAAACUAGUUAUUCCUUAGCAGUUGACAGCUGUAGAUUAAAUAAUAAACUGUAGAUUAAAUACUAAGAUUGCUAAAAUGACCGCUAUAUAAAUAACAUUUUUGCACUUUUCCAAGCCUCUUCCAGUAUUUUACUAGUUUGCUAACGCUAGCUAGCUAACUGCCAAACUUGAAACUCCAACUUGAGAAAUGCUUGUUGUAUGAGGUUUAACAGUUAGUUAACUUGCUACUCAUCCUUCUUGAGAUUUCAGAUUUCUUACUUGGCCUGAAAUGGCCGGCCGAGCCAGCAGUGCCUAGCUGGCUAGUAACUUGUAAGUUAAUAAUUAAGCUGUUAGCUAACGAAUGGGUGUGGAACUACCGUUAUUUGGCCGUAGCUCUCCUACAGACUGAGAGUGCAGAAGUCGUCUAGAGAGAUUGUUGCAGAAUGGCACCCUUCAUGGAAACAUUCCACAGGCUGGCUUGGAUUGUGCUAAAGGCACUGCUACGAUUUACCUUCAUGUUUGUCAAUAACUGUGUUGCGAUUCCAUCCUAUUGCCUCUACCUGAUUGUACUUCAGCCUGUGAGAAUAAUGGACAGUCCGACGUUCUGGCACAUUGAAGGUGUGAUGUUCCGUUGGCUGCUGGCCAUGGUGUCCUCGUGGGGCUGGUUUGCAGGCUACACAGUGACCGAGUGGGGUGAUGAUGUUCGACCCAUAUCUGAAGACGAAGCAAUGGUCAUCGUCAACCAUCAGGCCACUGGAGAUGUUUGCACCCUCAUGAUGUGUCUGCAAGACAAGGGAACGGUGGUGCGGAACAUGAUGUGGCUAAUGGACCAUGUGUUUAAGUACACCAAUUUUGGACUGGUUUCUCUGAUCCACGGAGACUUCUUCAUUAGGCAGGGCAAAGCACAUCGAGACAAGCAACUUUUCUACCUAAAGAGUCACCUGGACAAGUAUUACAAUAGCAGGGACAGGAAGUGGAUCGUGUUGUUUCCUGAGGGGGGCUUCCUGCGAAAGAGGCGAGAGACAAGUCAGUCAUUUGCAAAGAAGAAUGACUUGCCGUACUUGACGCACGUGACGCUGCCACGUCUUGGAGCCACUCAGGUCAUUCUAAAGACCCUGGGACCCCAGCAGGAGAACGGCACACUGGGAACAGACGGAAGCCCACAGGGACCAAAAGACAAUAAAGGCAGAGGACUGCAGUGGGUAGUGGACGUGACCAUAGCCUACCCCAACGCCAAGCCCAUGGACAUCCAGACGUGGAUCUUUGGCUACAGACCACCCACAGUCACGCAUGUGCACUACAGAACGUACCCCAUAAAAGACGUGCCGGUGGAGACGGAGGCUCUAACUGGCUGGCUUUAUAAGAGAUUUGAGGAGAAGGAGCAGCUUCUCGACCACUUCUACAAGAAUGGUGAGCGUUUGUUAGCAGCCAGAAUGAUGCCUUGGUUAGCAGUUUCUUGUUGGUGGUCUUUAUACGCGUGUCUGCAAGCUCCCAGACCUGUGGCAUUGCCGCUUUGCAGGAACUUUCCCACCACCAACAGGACAGAAGGAGGCGCUGUCCCGGGAGAUGACCCUCGACCCUGUGUGGCUGUGUGGUGUCCAGUCAUUUGCCUUUGCCUCGGGCUACUUGUGGUACUGUAUUCUACAGCACAUCUACUGCUGGUUUGUCUCACUGCUGUGGUGAGGAAAGAGAGAGAUGGAGCAAAGAAGAACGCAGGGGCCAUAGCUGCUGACCUCAGAUCUGUUGGACAGCCCCAGAAGCCAUCUUAACCCACAGGAUGGCGCAACGGACAUC